GUGGGGUCGGCUAUAAAGCGUCCCCGCGGCGCUGGCUCGGGGCGGGCGGUGAGGAUGCGGCUGCCGGCGGCGCUGGCCCUGGCCCUGCUCCUCAGCAGUGCGGUGCCGGGGCACGGGCUGUCCCUGGAGAGCCUGCUGACCAACAUGAGGUGCAAGUGCAUCAAAUCCACCGCGCGCGUCAUCAGCCUGGGGCUGAUCCUCGCCAUCGACGUGACGCCGCCGGGCAUCCACUGCCGCAGGAAGGAGAUCAUCCUCACCCUGAAGAGAAACAGGAAGGUGUGCGUGGCCCCCGAGGCCGCCUGGAUCCAGCUGCUGCUGCACAAGCUGCUGCAGAGGAAUGCCACCAAAAAGGGGGCGGCGGGGCGGGCGGAGGAGCGGUGCUGCCCCCGCCCUGCCCCAGCUCUCCCCCCGUCCGCACACAGCAAUCAAUAACCGGCCGCAGUGAUUCAUUCCCAGCGCUGAGAUACCGUGCUUGCUCUGCUCCCGGCCCUGGGUGUUUUUGGCGGGGGGCAGGAGCUUUCCCAAGCUCCCCCCUCCAAAAACAAGGCUUUCCCCUCGUGCGCCCGGCAUUGCCCCCCGAUUCGGGCACCUGUGCUGUCCCUGUGCCUUUAAUAAAAGCAUGAACGUGCUUUCCCAUC